UAUUCAGUCUACAGUCACAUGUUCCCCGUCUCCAUCUCUAGAUCAUGUUAUAUCUGCCAUAUUAUGCCAGUAGCAGCAGAACCUUCAUAUAAAAUCAACAUCAACGACUUGUCUGCUUUUCUAUUAGAUAUUUUCUCUGACAUUCCACACAUCUUUUGGGUUUUCUUUUUUGUCCAAUUUCAUCUUCUUGGUCUCAAGCCAAAGAUGGAAAUGUGAAUCUGGUUUUGAAAUUUAAAGGGUGAUUGAGAUGGAAAGUUCUACAUUAGUAUCUUCACAUAUUGCGGAUGAAAAGGAGAGUUUAACGAAACCACUGGAUCAUUCACAAUCACCUGAAGUCACCUCAAAAGCGUCUAUCCCAAACUCGGAGGUUAAUGACUGUCUUAAGAGCCUAACAGAAAAGUUAUCAGCGGCUCUUGUCAACGUUGGUGCUAAAGAAGAUUUGGUUAAGCAACAUGCUAAAGUUGCAGAAGAAGCCGUAGCAGGUUGGGAAAAGGCAGAAAACGAAGUUACAAGAUUAAGACAACAACUCGAAGCAGUCGUGCAGCAGAAUGUGGCUCUUGAGGCUAGAACCAACCAUCUGGAUGCUGCUCUUAAGGAGUGUGUCAAACAAUUAAGGAUAUCAAAAGAGGAACAAGAACAAAGAGUUAACGAGAUUGUAGAACAGAAAAAACAUGAAUGGGAAUCGACUAAAGAAACACAGAUUUCUAAUCUGCACGCAAAGUUGCAUGCCGUUAAACUCGAACCCCCUCCAGCUGUUGAUUCAAAAAUCGUUUUAAAACUUGAGAAUCUCGAGAAAGAAAACUCGACCCUUAAGUCUGAGCUUAAUGUCCAAUCAGAAGAGUUAGAGAUCCGGACCAUUGAGCGUGAUUUGAGCACUCAAGCAGCAGAAACCGCGAGUAAACAACAGUUAGAGAGCAUAAAGAAAGUGGCGAAACUUGAAGCAGAGUGCAAAAGGCUGCAAUCAUUGACCCGUAGAUCGUCUUGCAUAAAUGAUAAUCACAAAGCUGUUUCGGUUUCUUCAUUUUAUGUUGAUUCUCUCACAGACAGUCAAUCAGUUGACUCGUUUAAGAUGAACAAUUUGGAGUCUAAUGAAACCGAUUCUUGGGCACUGGCACUCAUGGCUGAGCUUGAUCAGUUCAAAAGUGGGAAAUGUGUGGCGAAAAAUGUGAUAUCUUGUUCCGAAAUUAAUAAUAUUAUGGACGAUUUCUUGGAAAUGGAGAGAAUUGCUUCGUUAUCUGACGGUCAGAUUGAAACCUCUCGUUGUAACUCUGAAACUGAAGAUAGUUCCAUCAAAACCGAGCUUGAAGUAAUGAGCCAGCGCGUAUACGAGCUGGAAAACACUCUAAAUUCAACCAAGGAAUCUCUUGCCUUCUCGAGUGCUCAGCUUGCUUAUACCAAAAGUCAAAUGGUUGAGCUUCAAAAGGAGUUGACUGAGGUCAAUAAGUCAAAGGAGUUGCUUGAGUCUCGGCUUGUUAAAUUGGAAUCAGACGCCCGAAUCAUGUCAACCGAAGUUGAUUCGAUUAAGGCGGAUGUUGAAAAGGAAAGACAUUUCUCAUCUGAAAUGAAACUUAGAUGUGAGGGUUUGGAGAAAGAACUUGUGGAAAAAACAGAGGAAAUUCGGCUUCAAAUGGCUGUUAAUUCAAGCGUUGAACUAAAAGUCAAAAGGGAUCUAGAGGUGGUAGCAGCCGACAGACUAUCUGAGUGCCAAAAAACAAUAUCAUCACUUGCUAGACAGUUGGAAUCUUUAGCAACACUAGAAGACUUCCUGAUCGACACUGCGAAUCUACCUGGAUCAUCUGUUUCAAAAACUAGUGGCGAGCUAUGGAAGUUGCAUUCAAACGAUACAUUUAUGCCUAAAAAGAUUCUAAUGCCUACAAAGCAAGCCAAAAACAACUGCAGUUUAGCAUUGAAUGGUGAUGAUGAUUACUCACCAUCUUCAUCGUCUUCAUCAUCUUCAUCUGCUGUUUCGUUAAACCAUUUUGGCAUUCGUUCUGAAAGUAAGAACGGGUUUGAAAAGCUGUUUUUUAGGAGUAAGAAUGGGAUUCAAGGUGACAGUUGUUAGUGUUUAGAUAAUUAGAGUUUCAUUAUGCUCUU